UGCCAAUAUUUACCCCAAAAUACAACCUAUUUUGCUAGACUUCAUGAAAUGUAGGUUCUUACACGCCGGUUUUUCUGUAUUUAAUUUCAAAAGUUUCAGUUUCAAAGAUUGUUCCUACCGUCUUUGACUGGAAAUGAAGACUUUAUUUCCGGUUUCAUUUUCUAUUUUCAAUUCACUGAAAUUCAAAUGAAAUUGAAUAACCUUUUAGAAGAGCUUCGUAAGAGCGGCAUGGUUGUGUGACCUGCGUACAUAGUGAUGACGUCCAAGUGAUUCGUGGAGUGUUUGUCAUGUGAGGUCAGGCUCUCAGCCUGAUGUGAGGUUACCGGUUUUUGUUCAAAAUAUUUCAAUUUUAGCCAUUUGUAUACAGAGGACGCAACACGACUGUACUUGUCAAUACAACUUGGCGAUAAAAAAAGCUGAAACACCAGAAGGGAUUGAUCACGAGUGGUCCUGUAUGAUAGGGUAUCGAAACAAGUUGAAGCAAGUUGACCAAAGCGAAGAUCAGCUCUGACAAACAAAAAUGGCUCAAACAGUGAAACUUGCACUCUCCAUGCUGGGAUGGCACGGUGUAUUUCUGUUGUUCCUUAUAGUUUCAUUCAAGCUUUUUCUUGCGGAACAAGACAGUACAGUAUGCCCAUGCACUUGGAACGUGGCCUAUAGCACCCUUAUGUUUGUGAUCCCCUCUUUGAUUUCCUAUUUGAUUGCAGUUUUCGCUUAUUUCCGUCAAGACGAUGAUAGCGCACCGUGGAAAGCUUUGAGGAGACUGUACGUUUUUAAAGGUGCUUGUCAUCUCUAUGAUGAACGCAGAGACUGGGAUUUUCAUACGGAACAUUGCAUUUCCUGCAAUCAGCUCAAUCGCGAUUGGAGUCUGGUCAAGAUUGGCGUGUCAGCCGUUUUCUCUUUGCUGUACCCCACGGUCUGGUUGUCGCUGAGUUUUCUGCAAGCUUAUUAUUACGUGUGCGCUAAUGUUGGUCCACCUAGUUCAUCACUUACCACUUACUGCGAUGUUAAAAUUGACGACGUGCCGAGAGAUUACGAUAAAGAACAUGGUCUGGCUGUUAUUCGCUCCAAGGUCAUUGGCGGUGUUUUAUUUAUAAGCGCUCUCUUCUGUCUGAGCGUGUUUGUGAUCAUUUACGGCGAGAUAGAACAUUUUUUGAAAAAGGUAGAUUUCUGUUCAAGUGAUAAUAGUUCUAAUCUGCAAGUUGACAUUUCCAUUCAACCGAGACGUUCAUCCGGGACAAUAGAAUCGGCAGGUUCCCAAGGCAACCAGGUUCCCGCUGUCAUAACGGUGCAGGAAGCUCCUGGGGCUAGAAGUCAACAAGCGGUUGACGAUAACAAGGCAAUAUGUGUCAAUUUCAGUGAUGCAUUUGUUGCAGCCCUGCGAGGCAAUCUACAAGAUGGCACAUGGCAAGGAAUAGAUAUCCGCUGUUCACAGCAGGAGGAACACAGGAGCCUGCAAGGAACUUUCGCAACUUUUCACUCACCAUCUCAUUUAAGAUCACAGCAACAGGCUCGGCGUGAACACACCUAUGAAUCACUUACAAACAACUUGAUGGCGUACACAGAGUCCUCGUACUGCGGAAGCUACCGCUGUGGACCUUUUGAAGCUGAACACCCUAAGAUCAGAGGAAAGUCGACUGACAAAAACAAGUCAAUCCACAUCAAUUUGACAGAAGAGUUCACCACCGACUUGAGAGGCUGUUUCCAAGAAGAAGGAGGAGAAGAAGGCGCAUGGCAAGGAAUUGAUGUCCGCUGUUCUCAACAGGACGAGAACUGGAGCCGACAAGGGUCUUACGUGGCUAUGUGCCCGGAGUCUGCUGGACCAUUGCAUCAGCGGUUUCAAGCUGACCAUACUCAUGACUUGGCACCCUUGGUACUGCAAGAGACCAGAGACGCAAAGGUGGUUUGAUAGCACAAUCUGGAGAGGCCUGGGUCAGGUCGAUGUCAGUUUCAACGGAGCACAGAGCAUUCAUUGGACGAAGUUCGGCAAACAAGAAAUUAAUUAUCAAUUAUUCUACGAGCGCGUGUUGGAUAUGAGCUGAUAGAAAGCGCGCAGCACUGAGUUGGCUAUAACCGACCAUCUCAUAUCCAACAAGCGCGAGUGGAAUAAUUGUUUUAUUAAUAACGCGCCCCAAAAAUAGUAAACUAAAAUUAAAUUAAAUUAAUAACGCCCCCCAAAAAAUACGAGUUCGCUUAUUAUAUUCGUAGAGCAUGGUAUAAUGGCUCGUAUACCAUUAUGGGUAAGCCAGUAAAAACUCUUCCAUUGCAGUAUCCAAUGAUCCAGUUUUUGAUAAUUGCUAAUGUCCAAGGCAUUUACUACUUAUUAACCGAGAGUGAGGUCUUUACGGGAAAAUCUCAAACCGUGAGCUUGCCGUAUUGA